GGCAUGGAGUGUGAUACACGAGCUUCCUUCUUACCCAGGUCGUGAGACGAGGAAGUGUGUUGCCUUAUCGCGAGCGCGAAGGCCAUGCCAGGAGGUACACUUUAAUUAACGGAGGAGUUCUGCUGUUGCCAUCAAGAUGGGCUGUGGACCAAGCACAGAGCAGGACAGGAGACCCCAGAACGCCGAUACUGGUUCCUCACGGGCUCGCCAUGGUGUCACUAAGGUGGUGAGACCUCAAGUCCAGAACAAGAACAAAACCAAGACGACUAAAGGCGGGAUCCCAAAUUUGCCACGGCCAAAGAAGAGAAAAGACGAUUUAAUCCCAGAUGUGUCGGUGUUUGCCAAGAGGGACUCGUGGGCGAAACAGGUUCCUGAUGAGCAUUGCCAAUCGGUGGAGGAUUUGGCAAGGUAUCUUUCCCAUGAAACAAAGCAGGACCUGGAGAAGGUGCGAGCUUUCUACAAAUGGAUGGCGCUGAAUAUAUGCUAUGAUACCGAAUCCUUCCUCACCAAGAAGCACGUCUACCCGUCCGACCCCAAGUCAGUGCUGAAGUAUCGCAUCAGCGUAUGUGACGGAUAUGCUCAGCUGUUUGAAGCAUUGUGCAAGGUAGUCUCCGUGCCUUGUUACUACGUGGCAGGCUUCUCCAAGGGAACCACCUACGACCCCAGUGUCCCUAUCACCGAGGACUCUUUCGUCAACCACGCUUGGAACAUCGUUUGUAUCAGUGGUACUUGGUGGCCAGUUGACGUGACGUGGGGAGCAGGUCAAAUGGACAAAAGCAACAGGUUUGUCUGGAAUUACAAUGAACUGAACUUCCUCACAGACCCGGAUGUAUUCAUUCUUGCCCAUUACCCCUACAUGGAAGAUAGUAUGAAAUACAGUGCUCCGUUCCAACUCCUCAAGACGCCGAUCACACUGGAUGAGUUUAACCUAACAGUCAAGCCUUACAGGAAUGGCAUGGAAUGGGGGCUGGAACUGCUCUCUCAUACCCAAGCCAAAAUUGACGUUGUACACAAUGUCACUAUAAACUUCCGUACAAGUAAAGUACAGAUGGUAAAUGUAUCCUGUACAUUCCAUCGUAAGAGAAGUGGACAGGAUUAUGAAAAUAAUGUCAUCUUAUAUAAGAAAGAUGGCAUUUUUUCAGCAAAGGUAAAACCUCCAUCUGAAGGUACAUACAACCUGAAGUUGUUUGGAGAAACCGAAGGAAUGUCUAAACACCAAGGUCUUGUAAGUUACAUCAUCAACUGCACUGAAGCUGAUGAGAAUGGUGAACCAUACCCUGAACAUUUUGGCAUGUGGGGUGGACAGGCUGGUGCUGUCGAUUGUGGAUUCACAGAGGACGUUUUUGAGGAAAAUUUAUUCUUAUCAGAAGAUGGAACCCUUGAAUUCGCACUGCCAGUGAAAUGGAAAGUAGACAACAUUAUUCGACUGGAACAUUCGCAACAAUCGGGCAAUCUAGAUGACUUUGUUUCAGAAGCAACAAAUAGUACAACGAUGGCAAUCAUGGUCAGGUUGCCUUAUUCUGGAUAUUACAAACUGCAGAUUUUUGCUUCUGAUCCAAAUGAGCCAGGCAGUUAUAGUCCAGUUGUCUUCAUUUUCAUUAAGUGUUUGAAAGGCAUGAGAUCAUGUUCCCCCUUUUCUGACAAAACUGAAGUACAGAGGUAUUUAGCCUCAGAAAGUUCCAAACCAAGAAGGAAGAAGAAGAAGGGGAAGGCUGCUCCUUCAGCACCUUCUCCUGAACCAGAUACUGAAUCACAGGAAGACGAACCAUACGGCGAUAGACCACCUUCAAUAGAUCCUCCAGAAAUUGCAGUGUACCAAGAUCCUGAUGGUGAGAAGGGAAGACUGCAGAAUGAAGGUAGACCCAAAGACGGCAAAGGAGAGCAUGGCGAGGAGUAUUCACAUGUGAACAACCAGGGUUACGGAUUGGGGCCAACAGUAUUAGUGAAAAGCAGGAGAGGGUCGACGUCUUCCACAGCGAGUGUAAGAAGUUGGCAACAAGUGAACAACCAGGGUAAGAACGGAUUGGAGCCUCCAGUAUUAGUGAAAAGCAGGAGAGGGUCGACCUCUUCCACAGCGAGUGUGAGAAGUUGGCAACAGGUGAACAACCAGGGUUACGGAUUGGAGCCUCCAGUGCUAGUGAAAAGCAGGAGAGGGUCGACCUCUUCCGUAGCGAGUGUGAGAAGUUGGCAACAUGUGCCCGAUAUACUGUAUGAUGAGCAAGAGGAUGCAAUGAGGUAUGAUCCCUAUCAUGGUAGGAUGGUUGAACCUGUUAAACCUGAACAGUUCAACAAAGAGGUGGAGGAGGAUGAAGAAGAAGACGACGAAUAUGAUGAAAGCAGGAAUGCAGGAGGAAAUCAACCGGUCGAUGAACAUGUGAACAAUCAGAGAAACAAUAGGUACGUUUCACACCAGGGUGUGCACAGAGCACCAGUAGUUAAAAACACACACGACACAGAUGAGGAAGAACCAGGCAAAAGCGAAGUUGACGAAGACGAGAAUGACAAUGAAUACGACUUAGACAUUAAUGACGAUAAAGCAGAUGACAAAGCAAAUAGCAAUGCACACGACAGAGCGAAUGUGAACAAGGCGAGUGACAACGAUGACAAUGAUGAGGAAGAGGAUGAUGAAGAUGCACGACCAAAGCAGCAAAGGUUGUCGGCAGUGAGCUACACAGGAUAUGUUGAUAACGGAUUCUACAGAGGUCCAUCCCCUGUUCCCUCUCACGGCACACCAGACUACCAGUCUAGUCUCCACGCUCUUCAGAUCCAGAAUGGAUACCAGGGAGGAUAUGUCUCGCCUUCGUAUGGUCACGUGGACCCUAGCAUGUACAGCCAAAACACCCUUCCAAUGCCAUACCAGCAAGCAAUGAGCUAUGUUUCCCCAUCAUCAUCUAUGACAGAUUUAAAUAAUCCACAGAUGAUGGCACGCCCUCGGUACAGCACCGUGGCGCGACCGUACUGAUCGCGAUGUAAUGUAUAUACAUGAUUUUGUGUGUAACUGUUUGGUUGUAGGACAUGUAUACUCAAUGUCAGUUGUAAUUUUUUUGUGUAAUGCACAUGUGGUGUCUCUUUAGGCAAGUGACGUUGUUCAAAAUACGCCUCUGUUCACCCAGCAAUGGAUGGGUACCCGGUAGGACUUGACUUCUAGCGCCUCACAGACAGCUUGGGUUGUAUACUCCCCAGGGUGCUGAGAAUGAAUAUCGAGUGCACACUGAUCAAUCUAUUUGGGUAAUAAUAAUGCGUGAGCUUUGAGCGUGCCAAUGUGUGGAAUGGAUAGAUAGCGCAAUAUAAAUCAUUAUGUUAACAAGUAUUGAAGACAACUCAAACUCAGAAUGGGCAUGCUAAUUUAAAAGGUCAACACCAGAGAAUAACCAUCCUCGAUUAUCUGUCCGAAGAGAUUCCACAGGCAAAUUGGUAAUGGAGAAUUAUGUGAAUUGAUCACUGAAAAUAAGAAAUGAUAUCAAGUGUUCGGAAACGUGUGCUGCACUACCGGUAACACUCGCCACUCACACAAUUUCCCUACAAACGUAGGUGUCUGUUGUCUAACGAACCAAGUAAUAUUCCUGCCACUGCGGCCUUUAAACAAAAGAGUCGGAUCCGACAAUCAAGUGAUAGUACUGAAUCUGUAUAUUGAGACAUUCGUCGUCGCACACUUUUAAUCUGGAGAAGUUAACAGGAACGGAGUUUUACCCGAAUAAGCAUGUUCCUCCAAGUUCCAUGGGCAUAUUAGAAGUGUCGGUUACCCUGACCUAGCGUUUAUUGACAUUUUGGAACAUGAGGUAGAGAACGUAUGCUUGAAGUCUUACGUAUGUGGCUGUAUAGAAGGCGAUAGUGUCAUAUAAUGACUAUCAUAACCUAAUAUAAUCUAUCAAAUAUCAAUAGAUUACAGAACGCAAUGCCACACAUGUGGGUUGACAGUUCGAGAGUGAUUACCUUACUGUAUUAGCGAGGCCCAUUCUGUGAUUGAUUUGUCACUGAAAUAGACACGACGUCAUGACGCCAUACUUCAAGAACAAUACUUGGCAUUAGACGAAGCAUGUAGUUAUGUACUUUCUUGCUUAAAAUGGCAAAGGACAAUGUACAGUAGCUGAAUGAGUACCCUACCCACAUUCGGACAAAUGUAAAUAAUUUUAUCUGUGUGACGUAUCGUUUUUGUGAGACAUAUGCAUAUUUCUUACAGUAUAAAUUGUUCAUCUGGCAUGAGGGCAAAUCUUUUACUUAUUUGUACGUUAAUCACUCAGUUUAACAGUUGAUAACAUUCAUACAUGUCAACGUCAUAGUAAGAUAGUGAGUGUGAGUGAGUUGGGUUUAACGCCGCCUUUAACA